UCCGCUCAGUUCAGCUCAGCUCAGCUCAUCGCAGCUUAGCGCAGCUCGACUUGGCUUGGCUUGACUUGGCCGAUCUCCGAUCCGACUCGAUUCGAUCCGAUUCGAUUCGAUCCGAUUCGAUUCGAUUGGACUCGCCCCGCGCUCGCAUUCGCAUUCGCAUUCGCAGUGUGUUUAUUAUUUUGUGGCAUUCUUAUUGUCGUUUUACUGUUGCUACUUAUGGCUUUAUAGUGUGGUUUAUAGUGGCACGAAGCUCGCGUAAAACUCACCGGCAGCAGCACCCGCAAAACAAAACAAAACAAAACGAAUCAAAACGAAACAAAAAACGGCGAAACAAAAAGCAAACAAAUGCGAAUAAGUACAUAAUACACACUGUCAAGCGAAUUAACGGUCAAUCAACAAGCAAAACUACACACUUAAACUGCCGUAAUCAGUUAUCGGCGAUCGUUAAUCGCAAAUCAGUGCGUGAACAAACCAAAACCACAAACAAAAACAAAUACAAAAUUGUCCAACAAUAAGUGCUGCGUGCGCAUACAUAAAUAUUAAAAAGUCAUAAAGCUGACGCACAGCUCGAUAGUUUUUCACCUACCUGUGCGAGCCCGGAAAAAAGUUAUUUUAUGGCAUUUAAAACCAAGUAAUUAAAGCCAAUUCCCCUGCAGCUAUCCGGCGACAUAUCUUCUUGCCACACGCACUCGAAAGGUCGUAAAAAAUAUAGAAAGAAAGAAAAAAACCAAACGCGUCGGGACUUUCUAGCAGCAACACCUACACUGUGAAAGCGUGGACUGUGUGUGAAUCACCAAGCAAGAAAUUCGAAUGCCAUAAAAAUAUAUCGCCCCAGUUGACCCGAUCCGUCGAAUCUCGAAUCUUGAGACAAGUGCCAAGUGCCAAGUGCCAAGUGCCAAGUGCCAAGUGCCAAGUGCCAAGUGCCAAGUGCCGUCGCAGCCAUUAAAAAUCGCGCGCCUAUAAAUCAAGCGACGGCAGACAGACCUCGCCUCAAACAUUUUCCGUGUAAUUGAUGGCCGCAGUUUAAUUACUUUUACAACAAAUAAACGUCGCACACUCAACACACACUCAACACACACACAUACACACACUCAACAAGAGGAGGAACAGCUGCAAGUGCAUCUGAAUACAUGUGCAAAAUUUAACAAAUUUCGUUGCGAAUUCACAUUGUGCAACAUUUUCAACAGAAACGCGGGUUGCACACUCUGCUACAACUACACAUUUUCAUGUUAGCCAAAGCACAAGCUGAGAGCCGCUAAUCGAAAGAUAAAAGAGCUGCAAACCAAAAGAUUAACAACAACAUCGACCACAUCAACCAAAUGUACUAAAACAAUAACAAAAUCGACUCCGACGCAAUUCGGCAAUUCUCGGCCAGAGAAGAAAGAUAUGUGCAAUGUCAAAAUUUGUUUUCGAUAGUAUGCUGCCAAAGUACCCACAGUUUCAGCCAUUUAUAAGUUCGCACUUAACCACAACACCCCCCAAUUCGUCAUCAGCAGCAGUUGCCGCCGCCCUAGCCGCUGCAGCCGUCUCAGCCACAACAGUCUCAGCGUCGACGCCUGGCAUCCAUCCAGGAAGCAGUACCAGCAGCAGCCACAUCAGCGCCUCGCUGUCGCCCAGCUCCAGUGGCCUCCAGCUUGGCCAUCAUCAUCUCAGCCAGUCCUCCAACUCGCCCGUGUCCUCUUCGUCGCCCUCCUCGACUGCGCAACAACAGCAACAACAACAACAGCAACAACAGCAGCAGCAGCAACAGCAACAACAACAACAGCAGUCGCAGUACUCGUCCCUCUCGGCCGCUCUGCAGCUGCAGCAGCAGCAGCACAUCAACAAGUUAGCCGCCGCUGCCGCAGCGGUCAGCUCACAGGGCAGCGUGUCCGGGCUUGGUGGCCAUCAGUCGCUGAGCCACGCCCACCAGCAGUUGCUGCUGACGCCUCCGUCGGCGGGCAACUCGCAGACCGGGGACAGCAGCUCCUCGCCCUCACCAGCGGCCAGCUCCUCGUUCGCCAUACCCACCAGCAAGAUGUAUCCUUACGUGUCAAAUCAUCCCACCAGCCAUGGUGGCCUCUCCGGCAUGCCGGGCUUCUCAGGCCUAGAAGAUAAAUCCUGCAGCAGGUAUACAGACAGCAUGAUGAACAGUUACCAGUCGAUGAGCGUACCUGCCUCGGCAUCCGCGAGCUUCGCCCAGUUCUAUCAGCAUGCAGCGGCCGCCUCAGCGGUAUCCGCGGCCAGCGCAGGAGCCAUUGGCGUCGACUCGCUGGGCAACGCCUGCACACAGCCCACCUCUGGGGUGCCUGGAGCUGGUGGCGCAGGACAGAGCAUUGCGGAUCUGCCGCGCUAUCCCUGGAUGACACUCACAGAUUGGAUGGGAAGUCCCUUUGAGCGUGUCGUUUGUGGCGAUUUUAAUGGGCCCAACGGAUGCCCACGUCGCCGCGGCCGCCAGACUUACACCCGCUUCCAGACAUUGGAGCUGGAGAAGGAGUUCCACUUCAACCACUACUUGACGCGGCGACGACGCAUAGAGAUUGCGCACGCCCUCUGCCUGACUGAGCGCCAGAUCAAAAUCUGGUUCCAGAACCGGCGCAUGAAGUUGAAGAAGGAGUUGCGUGCGGUCAAAGAGAUCAACGAACAGGCACGACGCGAUCGUGAGGAGCAAGAGAAAAUGAAGGCUCAGGAGACGAUGAAAUCCGCCCAGCAGAACAAGCAAGUGCAGCAGCAACAGCAGCAGCAGCAACAGCAGCAGCAACAGCAACAGCAACAACAGCAGCACCAGCAACAGCAGCAACAAGAUCAUCACUCGAUCAUUACACACAAUCCGGGCCACUUGCACCACUCCGUUGUCGGUCAAAACGAUCUCAAGCUUGGAUUGGGCAUGGGUGUUGGCGUUGGCGUCGGUGUCGGCGCUGGCAUUGGUCCCGGCCUGGGAGCUGGCCUUGGUGGCAAUCUGGGUAUGAUGAGCGCCCUCGACAAGAGCAAUCACGACCUACUCAAAGCGGUCAGUAAGGUCAACUCCUAAAUGGGCCGCCGAUCGUCAGUCAGCCACAAUCAUUACCGUCAUUGUCACCAGCGCCACAAUCCAACAACCACCGUCAUCGCCAUCGCCAUUGUAAUCGUCAUCGUCAUCGUCAUCGUCAUCGACAAUGUCAUCAUCAUCGUCGUCGCUUGAUGUCUAUAGUUUGGCGUCUUUUCGUCUCUUCUGUGUAAAAGAAAACAAAACAAAACAAAAGUUGAUAACAUAAAUACGUAAUGUUUUACAUAGUAAAUAGUUGUUUAAGUCUACAUAUAACGGAUAUACCUACAUAUAUAGAAACACACAGUACAUACAUACUUGUACAUAUGUAUGUACUCGCAUGCAAACACAGACACAUGCAAGUUCAAUGACUGUGCACAGUGGGUCGUUGUCGAUUUGAUUGAAAGUUGACAGUUGGGCGUUGUCAACACAAAAACUAAAGAAACAAAUUUUAACUGCAAAGGCUUUAAUUAUUUUUAAAACAAAUUACUUUGUUUUACUCGCAGAUAUUAAUUUAUUUCACAUUAUAACUUUGGCAGUGUUGCCUAUUUGAUAGACAGUAUUGCCCAAAGAUGUAAGACAUUCAAGUUUCAUUUCAAUUUCCCUCAUUUCCCUGUCAUUUCGGAGAAUGACCAUCUUAAUUUCAAGCAGCUACAAUCAAUCCCUGCCCACUGUGCACAUCGUGGUAAAAUUAAUGAAUACAUCGAUCUAUAAAAAAAACAAACAAAAAUAAAAAUAAAAAUAAAAAAUAGCGGUAAAUGCUUAUGUAGUGCUUUCGAGAGCAAAACGCUGAAUCUGAGAGGUUCGCAGAAAGGAAACAAUGAUUGGAGAUAACCAUGUGAAUUGAGCUAUAUUUUAUAGUCAAAUAGUCAGAUAACCCCGUGAAGUUGCCAGUGGCACAUUGCCAAGGACAACAAAGCGAAUAGCGAGUUCAACUGUAAAAUUAUUUGCGACUGCUGUAGGAUUACAUAUAUAUACAUAUACAUAUACAUAUAGUAUGGUAAAGAAUCACGAUUAACUAUGUUUAUGAAUAUUAUGGAAAUAUAUAUAUAAAUAUAUGUUUGUAUUUACAGAUAUGAUACCCCUACUUACUAAUAGAGAAAUAGAUCGUAUGUACGUUUUGUACUCA